AUGGCGAAUGCGGACUUCCUGGGUUCCAGGAAAGUCGGCAUCACAACUGUCCUAUUCCCAUACGGCUGCAAUGACAGUUCCUGCGGCUACUGCGACGUGACUAUUGGUAACAAAUCCUACAUGAUGAUGGCUAGUGUCGAUAGACCUGGUGAAACUUUUCUCGGAAUCACCCCCAAUGACUACAAGAUUUUACUCGACCGUGGCUGGAGACGCUCGGGGAAUAUAAUCUACAAGCCGGAUAUGAGAGGCUCCUGCUGUCAGGAAUACACAAUUCGACUGAAAUCAUCCCUUUUCAAGCCAAACUCGAAACAAAGAAAGGCAACUAAUGCCUGGUCGAAGUUCAUUCACGGGAUUGACUACAAGCGAGAACAAGCACAAAAAUAUCCAAUUUCUCGAGAGGAGAAGAGGAGAAAACGCACCUCUCGUUUCAAUGUUGUGGAGAAGAUACACGAGUCGGAAUAUGCUACCUUGAAAGCCCAGAAUCCUCUUGAGCCUGCUCACAAAUUCGAAAUCGUACUCGAGGAAAAUAACUUCACAGAGGAAAAGUACAAGCUAUUCGAACACUACCAAAAGAAAAUCCACAACGAUGAAGCAAGCGAAGGUGGUUUCAAGCGAUUCUUGUGUGCGAAUCCUUUCAAGCCACGUUAUUCAGUCGACAAGAAAGGUCGAAAGAUCGGGGCAUACCAUCAGUGCUACUAUCUCGAUGGCCGUUUGAUUGCAAUGGCAGUUUUGGAUCUACUCCCGGAUUGUGUUAGCGGCGUCUAUUUCAUGUAUCAUACGGAUUUUUCACAAUGGAGCUUCGGGAAACUGAGUGCUAUCAGAGAGAUCGCGCUAGCUGAGGAAGCAGGUUAUGACUACUACUACAUGGGCUACUACAUUCAUAGCUGCCCAAAGAUGCGAUAUAAGUGCGAGUACCAACCGGCAGAGGUUCUCGACCCAGAAUGUUAUGACUGGCAUUCUUUUGAUAACGACUUUCGGAAAAUCCUGGAUGUAAAGCCGUACUACUCUCCUUCUCUCGAAAGGAUACUCACAGCUGAGGGCUCGGAGCGUAGUAUGACGCUUUUGAAAAAUUACCAUAUCAAUACGAAGAAGGGCGUUAUCACCAAUUUGGACGACGAUACUGUCUUCUCAACUGAUAUGUCAGGUGUUGUCAAGCUUGAGGAUAUCGAGCCUGUUAUUGAUGAUAUCCGUAUUCUCGUCGGAAGAAAGCUCGCUAUAGCUGAGAUGAUCUCGGGAUGGGAAGAGAUGCCGAUAGAUGUCCCCGGAAACGCUAAGCAUAAGAUUGCUGAAGCAAUUGCGACUCUCGGGUUGGAGUUGACUCCAAAGGUUAUUAUAUGUCUGACUCUAGGUUAA